AUGACAUCGACGUACCGUCCGAAUGAAUCGAAACGAGAAGAGUUUCGUCGUUAUCUCGAAAAGGGUGGCGUUGUCGAUGCGAUUACAAGAGCAUUGGUUGCAUUGUAUGAGGAAGCGGAGAAACCGAACAAUGCAGCGGAAUUCGUUCGUCGUUUUAUGGGUGCUACUGGACCUGAUACAGCCGAAAUGGAAACAAUCAAGAACGAAUUGAUGGUUACACGUGAGAAAUACGAGGAAUUGCUCCGCGAAAAUGAAACGUUAAAAGAAAAGUUACAAAAAUAUGAAGGUGGACAAUGA